UUAUCACAUAGGCGCUUUUUGACCAAGGUUGUCUGCUACUGCUAGCUGUGAGCUAGUAUCAGUUUGAUAAAAGUCACAGAUGAUGGGGUCCAGAGGAAGAUUGCUGCACUGUGCCUGCAGAAAUGGUUUUCAACAAUUUGUUCGAGGAAAGGCUUCUCAAGCAGCAGCGGUCAAACCUUUUGUCUACCAAGACAUGCUCCAGUUUGAAAAUCAACAAGACAUUAACUGGAAAAAACUCACGGGUGACUAUGUGUCCACAUUUGAGGUCAAAGGCAAGAAAAUGUUACACGUCCAACCCGAGGCUUUGACCUUGAUUGCUGAACAGGCUAUGGUAGACAUUGCGCAUUUACUACGUCCAGGUCACCUACAGCAAUUGUCCAACAUUCUAAGUGAUCCUGAAGCAUCCAACAAUGAUAAGUUUGUAGCUUUAGAAUUACUGAAAAAUGCCAGCAUAGCAGCGGAUAUGGUCCUGCCAGGGUGUCAGGACACAGGCACAGCAAUCUGUAUGGGUAAGAAGGGACAGUAUGUGUGGACAGAGGGAGGGGACGCUGAAGCUCUGUCUAAAGGUGUCUACAACACAUACCUUAACAGAAAUCUCCGAUACUCACAGGUGGCACCAUUGAACAUGUACAAAGAGGUUAAUACUGGCACAAACCUGCCUGCCCAGAUAGAACUCUACGCUACAGACUCAAGUCAGUAUGACUUCCUGUUUCUCGCCAAGGGAGGUGGUUCUGCCAACAAAACCUUUCUCUAUCAGCAAACCAAGGCCCUCCUCAACCCCGAGAAACUCCUCAGCUUCGUCAAUGAAAAAGUCAAGACACUAGGUACCGCUGCCUGUCCCCCCUAUCAUUUAGCGCUGGUCAUUGGCGGUACAUCGGCAGAGUACAACCUAAAGACGGUCAAACUGGCAUCCACAAAGUACCUAGACACUCUGCCCACAUCAGGGAAUGAACAUGGUCGUGGAUUCCGAGACUUGGAAUUGGAACAAGAGAUACAUAAAUUGACACAACGCCUUGGAAUUGGCGCCCAGUUUGGUGGGAAAUAUUUCUGUCAUGAUGUGCGGGUUAUUCGCCUCCCCCGCCAUGGCGCCUCUUGUCCUGUUGGUCUAGGUGUGUCAUGCUCAGCUGAUAGGCAGAUUGUUGGUAAAAUCACAGAUGAAGGUGUAUUUUUGGAACAACUGGAAACCAAUCCAUCAAAAUAUCUACCUCAGAUUGAAGAGAAAGAUCUCAGUCAAACUGUUAUAGAUGUAAAUAUGAACCAGCCAAUGAGUGAGAUGCUAUCACAGUUGAACCAGUACCCUAUCAAGACUCGGCUCAACCUGUCGGGGACCCUGAUUGUGGCCAGAGACAUCGCACACGCCAAGCUGAAGGAAAGAAUUGACAGUGGGGAUGGACUACCUCAGUACAUCAAAGAUCACCCUGUUUAUUAUGCUGGUCCUGCAAAGACACCAGAGGGUUAUGCUAGUGGAUCAUUUGGUCCCACAACUGCAGGACGGAUGGACUCAUAUGUCGACCAGUUCCAGGCAGCUGGAGGCAGCAUGGUUAUGUUGGCCAAGGGGAACAGGAGUCGGGAGGUGACAAAGGCAUGUAAAAAACAUGGUGGGUUUUACCUCGGCUCGAUUGGUGGACCGGCAGCUAUUUUGGCUCAAAACUGCAUCAAAAAUGUGGAAGUCAUGGAAUAUCCAGAAUUAGGUAUGGAGGCAAUAUGGAAAGUAGAAGUUGAAAAUUUUCCAGCUUUCAUCGUUGUGGAUAAUAAGGGGAAUGACUUUUUUAAGGAAUGGCAAGUUGAAUAAAAAAAAAUAUUCUGUCCAGGACUCGUUUAAUUAAUCAUGUUAAAAUUCAUAACUAACUGUUAAGGGAUUCAAAUUCAGCACCAGAUAAUGGAAGUCAUUUUUAAAAAAAAUGUAUUAUGAAUUAUAAAAAAAUUGUCAUUUUCAGAUUUCAGUUGGUCAAAAUUCAUAAAGCAACUACAGUAUACAGAAAAAAAAAUGCCGCAUUUGAACUUUCGUCUCGAUCAUGAGGACGACUUUAUCUUGACAGAAAAUAUAUAACUUCAGGGCAUACCAAAUAAAGCAAUAACAUCUAAAGGUAAAAAUAACACUCAGCAAAUCAUAGAGCAACUACAGUAUGCAGGGAAAUCUUUGCUGCAAUUUAAUUUCAGCCUUGAUCUUGAGGACAAAAUUAUCACGACAGCAAAUAUAAGUUCAGAGCAUACAAUAUGUAGCAAUAACAUAUAAAGGACAAAUUUAACACUGGGAGAACAUGGAUUUUACUGGUGAAGGACAAAUAUUUGAAUGGUUGAAAGUUUUCCUGUUAUACAGUAAGUAGAUCCUUCUAGGAUCCUAGCGAAACUGAGUCCUUGAUAAUGCCAUGUUAUUGAGUUACUGAUCAAGUGAUGUGAUAGAAACUUUGAUCAUGUGACACAUAGGAAUCCCUGAUCAUGUGAUGACAUUAAUUCUCUUUUUAGACUGUUACGAUUAGUGAUGCUGCUUAUCAUUGUGGGAAGAGUAAAAACUAUCUGGAUAAAUUUUUACGGAGUGAUGUAUAAUAUUAAGAGAUGAGAGGGUUCAUCAGUGAUUAAUAAGUUAUUAUAAAAAAUGAUACUUUAAUCUUAAGAAACUGUAGUAAGUUUACAGAUAUAUAUUUAUUCUAUGAUAUUGAUUUAAAAAGAUGAUGAAAUAUAUUGUAAAAACAAUUGAU